GCUCAAUGAUUAUGUUAAAGUUACGAAACGGGAUAGUUAAGAAAUUUAUCCUGGCAAUGGCACUGUACAUCUAUACCUAUAGUAUAGUGCGUGGCACGUCAAUGGUAACCUCGUACAAAGAUGAUACCUUGUAUAAUUAGAACGAGACGAACGUACGCACACUAAUCAAAUAGAGGUGGGCAAAAGAAUGUCCAGAUAGUGAACGCAAUUACAUACACGUAAGAUAGGAAAUCAAAAUGAGAAACUACCCUUUCAUACCCAACAUGGUCCAAGCAAUUACGGUUCUUACUGUUCUAAAAAUGAUGACAAAAGCUCAAACAUCUUGCGGUACGGGUUCCAUGAAUGGUAAAGUAAUGUAUGAAAGAUUACCCAAUAUUCAACUGCAAGGAUUCGACGAUGAUAUUGUGCGAGAUACUGCUCCUCCAUUUAUGGUCCUCGAAAAAUGUCAAGAUCUAUGUCUAAGAGAUAGGGCAUCAAAUAAUAUUGUCAGAACGUGCACGUCAUUUGAUUUUCAACCUGGAAGUCGUAUAGCAACGUAUAACGGAGGUCCAGAAUACGAAGAAUCUACGUGUUAUCUUACGAGAGAACAGGCGGCUCCAGAAGGAAUUGGAAAUUUGAUGACAGUACCAAACAGUGUGCAUUUCACGGAAGUCUGCGUCACCUCGAAUCGACCAGAAAGAGAAUGCCCGAACAGAAGAUACAUUUUUGAACGACAUCCACGGAAAAAGUUAAAGCUACCUGCGGCAGACAUAAAAGAAAUGACUGCAUCCAACAGAAGCGAAUGCGAGGACAAGUGCUUGAACGAGUUUAGCUUUGUAUGCAGAUCUGCCACAUUCGAUUCAUCCAUGAGGACAUGCAUUCUGAGCAGAUUUACCCGGCGCACCCAUCCGGAGCUUCUAGAAGACGAUCCAAGUGCCGACUACUUGGAAAACACGUGUUUGAAUGCUGAAAGACGGUGUGAUGGUCUGGCGGUUUUUAUAAAGGAGGAAAAUAAAAGACUAGGUGGUCCAUUUGAAGUUGACUUGUUCACUAACAUAACACUGGAAGAUUGCCAAGCUAUGUGCGUUCGGGCUGAAAAGUACUUUUGCCGUUCCUUGGAGUACGAUGAGAUGACCAAACAGUGUAUUUUGUCCGAGGAGGACUCGAUCUCACAAAAAGACGAUUUAGGUGUUAGUAGCAGUCAAACACAUCAUUUCUUCGAUUUCGCAUGUUUAGACAGUCCUCGCGGAUCCGAAUAUCCCGAUAAUUCCGUUACCUCUCACUUAUUCAGUGGCAAGCGACCAGAUACCGCAUUUCAAAGGUACAGAAAUAGCAGAUUGGGAGGGGAUCAUCAUUCCGAAAUUUCUGGACGGUCGCUUAGCGAAUGCCUGGAUGAGUGCCUGCGUCAGCCUAGUUUUCAAUGUAGAUCGGCAGUUUACAGUGAACGGUACAGAACGUGCAGAUUGAGCCGAUAUAAUCAAAGGGAUGGAAUGAGGAUUAUAUAUGACGCAGACUACGAUUACUACGAAAAUCUAAUGCAUUAUGUAGUCGGUGGGGAUGGGGACGGAAGUAGGCCGCCAGGGGAGAGCGGAACGUCACGUCCGGGAGAAACGUACCCCGGAAGCCAUCAUAGACCCGGAAUUUAUUCUCCCAGCAGCCCUGGCGUUGAUUAUUAUCCGGGAGGGAAAUACAAGCCUGGAAGGCCUUACCCAGACUACCCUGAUAGAUAUCCGAACGACAUAUACCCGGGCGAUAGAAGACGACCUGUUCGCCCAUUAUAUCCUGACGAUGAUAGACGCUAUCCCAUUGGGCCACCAUACGACAGAUACCCACCAAGUGGGAGUGGAAGUAGAUACCCACCCAGUGGAGGAGGAAGUCGUUAUCCACCUACUACAGGCAGCCGAUAUCCUACAAGUGGGGGAGGAAGUAGAUAUCCUUCAAGCGAUGGGGGAUCCAGAUAUCCUUCACCCGAUGGAGGAAGCAGAUAUCCGCCUAGUGGCAGCGGAAGUAGAUAUCCCCCUAGCAGUAGUGGUGGCAAUAGAUAUCCUUCUUAUGAUAGGUACCCCGUUUCUGUGGGCGGUCGCUAUCCCUAUGAUAAGUAUCCUACAAGUGGUACGGGAGAUCGGUACCCUCAAGAUGGACGUUACCCACCUAGUGACAAAUAUCCAAAUUAUCCUCCUUCAGGUGGUGGUUAUCGUGAUAGAUAUCCGAAUAACGCAUACGAUGACAGGUAUGACAAUCGGUAUGGUAGUGACUAUGGCGGGCGGUACGGUGGGUCGGAUGACAGAAAAGAAUUCGAUUACAAAUAUUAUUGGGAAGGGAAAUUCUUUAAGAGGCCAGAAAAACGGCCCAAUCGUCCAUUUGAUAACAGACCGUACGAUGAUGAUCGCCAAUAUCCAAAUGACGUAAGACCAUAUGAUGAUCGGCGACCGGUUUACACAUAUCGUCCCAGCGAUGGAGAUAGAGGUUACGACCAUCGACGACCGUAUGAUGGCCGUCGGCCAACAGACGUGCGCAAACCAGCCAUCGGAGGAGAUCGUCGUCCAUUUGGUGGAGCAUACGAUGAACGACCUCCUUAUGAUUUUAGACGACCGUUUUCUCCCGGUCCAGAUGGGCCUAUAUACGACGGAGAUUCUCUAGGAACUCGACCCUAUGGAUACCGUUGCGAGGAAGGGGAUAGUUUUAAACAGACUGGGGCAAGACAUCGCUUACGGAAGCAGUUCGUCCGUCGAUUUAUAAUCACCCGAACCGUAGCCGAUUGCGAACGCGAGUGCACAGACAGUAGAGACUUCACUUGUAGAUCGUUUAAUUACAGAGACACUGCCACUGGGUAUGACGGCGAUAAGGAAAAUUGCGAACUUAGCGACAGAGACACAAGAGAUUUAGAGCUUGACAAUCCUCAGAUUUUCGACACAACUGGUGGAUUUAAUUACUACGAAAGGGCACUAAGCCGCACAAACGGCGACGGAGACUGUUUAGAUGUGCGUCAAAUUUGCAACGAAGAUGGCAUGGAGUUUACGCUAAUAACACCAGAAGGAUUUUAUGGUAGAAUAUAUGCCUAUGGGUUCUAUGAUAGAUGCUUCAUAAGGGGAAACGGAGGGGUGAAACAUAUACUUAGAAUAAGCGGUGCACAGGGUUAUCCAGAGUGUGGUACACAGAGAUAUGGAGACACUAUGACCAACAUAGUAGUAGUACAGUUUAGCGAUCACGUGCAAACUGGCGUAGACAAGCGAUUUAAUUUAACAUGCCUUUUCCGUGGCCCAGGUGAAGCGGUUGUAUAUUCCGAUUAUAUUGGCGCGGGAUCCGGUAGUCCCAUUCCCAUCGAAUAUCUUCCAGCAGAAAAUACCUUAAGCUCUAAAGUACGGCUGCUCAUACUCUACCAAGGCAGGCCAACAACUACCAUCGCAGUAGGAGAUCCAUUAACGUUCAGGCUAGAGGCGCAGGAUGGCUACAACUAUGUUACAGAUAUUUUCGCAACGAAUGUAAUUGCAAGGGACCCGUACUCGGGAAGAUCAGUACAGCUGAUAGAUCGAAGAGGGUGUCCAGUUGAUCCCUACGUUUUUCCCGAAUUGGACAAGGGGCGAAGUGGAGAUAGUUUAGAAGCCCGAUUCAAUGCGUUUAAAAUUCCGGAAUCAAAUUUUUUGGUCUUUGAAGCAACUGUGCAUACUUGCAGAGAUGGCUGCAAGCCAGCAUUUUGCGAAACUGGGCGUGGACGAGAAGAGCCUUCAUUUGGUAGAAGAAAGCGUGAAAUAAACGAUACUAUUGUAUUAGAUAGUAAUAACACCUCAUCAGAUGCAGAAUUUACAAAAAAUGAAACUGCCAUUUCCCUUACUGAUACCAAGACAGACGACGAAUCCGAUCUAGAAUUUGUACGAGAAAUGAUAGAGGUAUUUGAAUCUCGUGAAGAACUACAGCAGGAAGCUAGGAGAGCGGUACCUUUGGAAGAAUCGGUAUGUUUAACUACAGGAGAGUAUAAAGGACUCGUAGGAGCGGUGUUAUCCCUCAUAAUAUUGCUCGUGAUUGUGGCAAUUAUUGCUGGAGUAGUGUACAGGCGCUAUUGGAGUGUAGUUAGAAAAAAUUUUAUGGCAGACAGAGACUCUACUAGCUCCUAUCCAACAAGAAGUAGCGGUUUAUCCACGCUAUCAAUUUUUGGAAGUGGAUUACAAAAACCGUUUUCAGGAUUCAUAAAAACGAAAUCGUUUCCUAGUAUGAAUAAUCAGGAUUUGGACAUUCCAUGCUCCGGUCCCGGUGGCCCAUUUGAAGAUCCAAGUGAACCUAUUUAUACUGACCCAUCACUUUUCGAAAGAUCGCGAAGUUUAAGAAGUAUCGCGGUCUCUCAAAAACGAAAGCUUUCUUCUCAUCAGCCAAUGUAAUUAGGAUGAAUCGCAGAAAAUUGUACCGUAUGAAGAAUGAAAGAAUGAAAUGUAGUAAAUUUCUUAUUUAUUUGCACCACUAUAUGCAAUACUUAUACAUGACUGGCACAACACUACCACCUAUUUCGCAAUUCCGCACAAAAUUGAAAAGUGCCUGACUAUGGAAUAAAAGAUGCAAUAAUUUCCACUGCCUACCUACCCGCUCAGAAGUGUACUUGUGAUUUUAGAAUAUGUAUGUACGAUUAUAAUUUUAAGUAUUAAAACUCGUAUAAAUUCAGAAAAGUAAAAGUGUUUAGAUUAAGCUAGUUUGGUAUCGUAACUUAGGUACUUAAAUGAAAAUAACUACAUCUUGCAAACUAACUAUCUAACAGAGCACCGUGUCCUUAUAGUUCAUUUGUAGACCCUUGCAUUAAAAUAAAAAUGU